UCCCGCGGCUGACCGCCCGACCGCGGGCGGGGAGUGAGCAGCCGGGGAGCCGCGGGCGUUUGGGCGUGGGUGGCCCUUUAAGUAGGGGCUCCGCGCGGGAGGGGCGGGUGACGGAGUCGGCCUUGGUACCUGAGCUCGGGGUGAGUUCUGCUCCGUCUUAUGCAUCGAAUGCGAACCAGCACGUCCCAGAGCUUGUUACCGAGCGAAGCUUGGUGUUUUCAUCUCCGACGUGAGGGGUCGGCCGAGGCCUCGGCAUCUCCACUUCAGAGGUGUUUUGCCAUCAGCUGUGUGGAGUUUUUCAGGCUGGCGCCAUCUCUCAUGUUGGUUCUUUCCUUCUCAGCUGUACCCUCACGGUUAUCCACACUCUUCCAGGGCCAACAGAAAAUGAUCACAUCCCAGGAAUCCUUGUCAUUCAGGGAUGUGACUGUGGGCUUCACCCAGGAGGAGUGGCAGCACCUGGACCCUGCUCAGAGAACCCUGUACAGGGAUGUGAUGCUGGAGAACUACAGUCACCUUGUCUCAGUGGGGUGUUCCAUUCCUAAACCAGAAGUGAUCCUCAAGUUGGAGCAAGGAGAGGAGCCGUGGAUUUUAGAGGAAGAGAUCCCAAGCCAGAGUAACCCAGAAUUAAUUAAUAACAGUAGAAACUAUUCAAGAAAGAAGUUCAAUGAGUUUAACAAAGGUAGAAAUGGGCUCCGUAAUGAUAAAUAUGAAAGAAUUCAUUCUGAAGAGAAACCUUAUGAAUAUAAUAAAAAUGGCUUCCACCGUAAUGACGACUUUGUUCACCAUCAGAAAAUUCAAAUUUUGGAGCAACCUUUUGAAUACAGUGAAUGUAGGAAAGCUUUCCAUGAGAAUUCACUCUUUGUUGUACAUAAGAAAGCUUACACAGGGAAGAAUACCUGUGAAUACACUGAAUAUGGGAAGAUCUUCUGUGAUAUGUCAUCUCUUAUUGCUCAUCAGAGAACACAUCCAAGAGAGAAUCACUGUGAAUUUAAUGAAUAUGGAGAAAACUUCUUUGAGGAAUCCAUUCUCUUUGAGCAUCAGAGUGUUCAGCCUUUCAGCCAGAAGUCAAACCUCAUUCCAAUUCAGAGAACCCACUCAAUUGACAAUAUACUUGAAUAUAAUGAAUGUGGAACAUUUUUUAGUGAAAAGUUAGUCUUUGGUGUACAGCAGAGAACACACACAGGAGAAAAACCUUAUGAAUGUCAUGAAUGUGGAAAAACCUUCAACCAGAAGUCAGCCCACACAAGACAUCAGAGAACACACACGGGGCAAAAAUCUUGUGAAUGUCAUGAAUGUGGGAAAACUUUCUACAAGAAUUCAGACCUCAUUAAACACCAGAGAAUUCACACAGGGGAGAAACCUUUUGAAUGUCAGGAAUGUGGGAAAUCCUUCAGUGAAAAGUCUACCCUCACUCAACAUCGGAGAACACACACAGGGGAGAAACCAUAUGAGUGUUGUGAAUGUGGGAAAGCCUUCUCAUUUAAGUCCGUCCUUACUGUACAUCAAAAAACACACACAGGGGAGAAGCCCUAUGAAUGUUAUGAAUGUAGGAAGGCCUUUCUCAGAAAAUCAGACCUCAUUAAACAUCAAAGAACUCACACAGGGGAAAAACCUUAUGAAUGUCAUGAAUGUGGGAAAUCCUUCUCUGAGAAGUCAACUCUUACCAAACAUCUGAGAACUCACACAGGUGAGAAACCCUAUGAAUGUAUUGAAUGUGGAAAAUUUUUCUGCUACUACUCGGGUUUCACAGAACAUCAGAGAAGACACACAGGGGAGAAACCUUUUGGAUGUAAUGAAUGUGGGAAAAAUUUCCGUCAGAAAUCAGCCCUAAUUGUUCAUCAGAGAACUCACAUAAGACAGAAACCUUAUGAAUGUAAUGAAUGUGGAAAAUCAUUCUGUGUAAAGUCAAAACUCAUUGCACAUCAUAGAACACACACGGGGGAAAAACCCUAUGAAUGUAAUGUUUGUGGAAAAUCAUUCUAUGUGAAGUCUAAACUCACGGUACAUCAACGAACACAUUUGGGGAGAAACCCUAUAAAUGUAAUAAAUGAGGGAAAUCACUCUGGGUGAAGUCAAGAGUUUAUAGAAAAAGAACAAAAAUGGGGAGAAAAAUCCAUUGGUAACAAUGAUUGUGAGAACAUCUUUGGUCUAAAGUCAGUUCUCACAAUAUAGCAGAGAACUUCAGAGGGGAGAGAAUGAUAUGAAGCUGUGGAAUAUAGAAAACUUCUGUGCUGGGAUUGGACCCAUACUCAGUGGAGAAAACCUAUUGGUGAAUGAAUAUAGGGAACCUUUUGCCCAAAGCCACACCUCACUAAACAUCAAAGAAAACAAAUAAGUUAGAAAUAUCUAUCAGCAUUUGUAGGGUAGAGAAGACUUUAUCCACAGGCCUUAGAAAAUGCACAAAUUAUAGGAAACUCUAGGAAAGCAUUUAGUCUGAGGUGAUGACUUGUGUGAAGUGCUUGAAGUAGUAUCUGGUCGAUGUUGGAAAUCACUAGAGAAAAUAUUUUCAAUAUGUGGAAGCUUUAAGUUAAAUCUAAGCUUAUACAUCAGAGGUUUUGAAGGGUUUCUAGCAAUUUAGGAAAUGUGGAGAACGUUUUCAUUUAGAAAUAGUGUUUUCUUUUUGUAAAGAUACACUUUGGCCCCUUGCCAGUCCGUUGUUCCCCUCUGUUUAAGGUAUUAGAUGUGAAAACACACCACACUGGGAGCACAGUUGUAAGCACGUCAGAGGUUUAUUGCUCAGGCAUAUGCAGAAAAAGAGAAGAUUUUUAGCAAGAGGACCCACCAACAGGACUUUCUGAUGUCCAGGUAAAAGAGAGACGUUUUGGAUCUGGUGACACAUGUAGGAGUAGCUUGCCAGCAGGAUGUUUUAGUAAUUCUGUGAUAGACUGAUUUUGAGUGGCUCAUCCUGGAAUAGUGGAUCCAAGGGGAAAGGUGAGUUGCUAUGCAUGCAACAUAGUGAAUGUAGGAAAAGUGAGUGUGGAGCAUAGGUGGUUUCUUUCCUGCCAAGUGUCAUCCUGUUGUGAGUGACUUACUGUACCCAACUCUAUUUCUCCACGUACUUAACACCUUUCAUAUGUGAUGUAACAAUUUCAAAAAAACAUUUAGGGCGCCUGGGUGGCUCAGUUGGUUAAGCGACUGCCUUUGGCUCAGGUCAUGAUCCUGGAGUCCCAGGAUCGAGUCCCACAUUGGGCUCCCUGCUCGGCAGGGAGUCUGCUUCUCCCUCUGACCCUCCCCCCUCAUGCUCUCUCUCUCUUUCUCUCUCUCAAAUAAAUAAAAUCUUAAAAAAAAUUUUAUAUAUGAAAAUGCAUUCUUAAAUAUAGAGCUUUAAAAAAGCACAAGUAGAUAAUACUACCAGGUAGGUUAUAGUAGCUUAUAGCAGAUCAGUGUACUAACUGAGAACAGCUAGAAAAAUAUCACAAAAAGCAUCUAUUUGAAUGCAGCCUAUUGCUGCAGAAGCAAAGAGGACUAGAGGUAACAUGCAGGAGAGGAGUGAAUCCUAGAAAGUACACGGGCAGAAUGCAGCUGUUUUACCUGGGAGCACUUGCCAGUUCUGGCCACAGGGAGGAGCCUGAGUAUUGAGCGUGGCUCAGGUGGAGGCUGGAACUCUUCCGUAGGAGGGCAGAGACCAGAGCCAGCAGAACUUCUGGCCAUCAAGGCUGGAGUGAAAAAUUCUUAAACAUUAGAGGUCAGACACAUGACAGUUUUUGAAGAAAUUUUUAGAAGACUGACUCAGCACAGAGCAGGAGCCUGAAAAGCAAAGCUGAAAGUAGAUUUUUUUUUUCCAGUACUAAGAAAAAAAUGAUCAGAAUUUGGGAACUGCCAGUAGGAUGGGCCCUUGCUGAGCACAGCAUGCUAUCAGUAAAAGCAAGAUCAUAUCAGAGGUAGAGUGUACCUUACUGCAAUUGCAAACGAUACCUGGUAUUUAAAAAAAAAAAAAAAAAAAAAAACAGAAACCUGCCCAGGAAGAAAACUUUUAAGAACAGAUGGCUUCACUGUAGUUACUCCAAAUAUUUAAGUAGGAAAUGAUACCAAGCUUUUAUGAACUUUUCCAGAGAAAGGAAGAUGGAACUUUUCUAAUUCAUUUUGUGAGCUCAGUAUAACCUUGAUACCAAAACCUGUAAAAGACAUUUCAGGAAAGUAAAGUUACCAGUAUUUUAUUAAUUAAGGUGCGUAAUCCUAAAUUUAAAAAAAUCCAGUCAUACCCAUGGACCAAGUAAUGUUUAUUAGAGGAGCCAAGGGAUUUAACAUUUAAAAUGAAAUCAGUUUGGCCAGUUCUUCCUCUCACAUUCUCCUUUCUCCCUUGUGCUUUCUGUAUUUCUCUCUUGCCUUCCCUUCCUAGAGUGGACGUCAGAACAGGCCUGCAUUGGCAGAUGAGAAAGGUAUUGUGGUGAGGUGCACACCUGGAUCAGAAGUGUUGAGGGCAGCUGGAAGAGACGAUCAGCAUGGCUGAAAUCUUUAACAUUGAGCAAAUAAAAUGUAUUGAGGAUGAUGAGAGCCCAGACUAGAGAAGGCUUUCAUAAAAAUGGAGAAGGGGAAAGUUAGAAAACCCCAGAGUGUUGGAUCGAAAUAGAUAACUUCUAUGUAACUAUGUAACUGUGUGUGUGUGUGUGUGUGUGUGUGUGUGUGUUUUAUGGAUCUAUCUGCUGAGAGGGCCUGCAUACAGUGAUACCCCAGAAGCAGUGAGCACAGUUUACUAAUUUCUUUACCAAGUGCCAGUUCACUAAUUUCUAAAUGCUGUCCUCCACCAAAAAAGAGACCAAGUCUCUGGAGUGAUGGCAGAUUCCAGGUCAGAGAUAGGAAGAAGUAUAAGAUGAAGCUGAAUCAUCUUACCUACAAGACAGAAAAUGUUCAAAGACUCUUGGAGACAAAAGAACCAUCUUGGACAGGUUCCACUGGCCAAACUUGAGACAGUUCGGACAACAAAAUAAUGAUAGCAUCAGAAUACAAGAGACUUAAUAAAAUGUGAAUCCAUUAAUUUAUAGUGAUAUGAAUAAAUGAGUAAAUUUAUGGAGGAGAAGGGAAAACUUUUUUUUUAAAGGUUUUUAUUUAUUUGACAGAGACACAGCUAGAGAGGGAACACAAGCAGGGGGAGUGAGAGA